AUGAGCAUCAUGGAUAACGUGGGCAAUAACCGCACCCUAUCUUCCUCCAGCUCUCUAGUACACUAUCUAUCCCAGAUGUUAAGACUUGGAAGGCUUUUCAACUGGAGACGAACUGAAAGUGAAGAUGUCUCUCCCAACGAUAUAGUGAUUUUGGUUGUUGGGCCUUCUGGCUGCGGCAAAAGCACGUUCAUCAACACCGUUACAAGAAAGGACGCGGUGCAUGUGCACCACAAACUGUCCAAACACGCCAAUCCCGUUACUCCAGUACGCGGCUCACCUAGUGACGGGCAGAAGGGCCAGGACGUCGUGUUCGUCGAUACACCUCCUCUCGAAACACAAGACGAUGAUGCCGGGGUUGCUAUUACGAGAUGGCUUGACUAUGCAGCUGGUCGAGGGGCGAAGUUAGCAGGGAUCAUCUAUCUAUACCCGAUCACCUCCCCCAAGAUGACCGAGCCGCCUGGCCCUCAGUACGAAAGCUUCAUCAAACAACACCCCAGAGUUCACUCGGCAAUUCGCGACAUCCCAACCGUUCUAGUGACCACGAUGUGGGAGAAGCAGCCGCCUCCCGAGCAGGUCAAGCAGGCGCGUCACGAGGAGAUUUCGGCAAAUUGGCGAAAUCGAGUCAAACACGGAGAGAUAAUGCAGUACAAUGGCUCGUACCUAUCUUCGCAAGAGGUAGUGAAGAAAUUAAAUCCUGUUCUGUCGGAGUAA